GCAGCACCUACAGCUACAGAACCCCCCAUCGCUGUGACUCCAACAGCUCCCGGGCGGACGCGGACUAGCCCCUCUACAGAAACCUCCACCUCCACCACCGCCGUUGGCCAUGGCCUCGUCCCUCAGUUUGUCGCUCCGUCAUCCUACCUCCGACCAAGGACUUCCAACCGGAGCGCAAUGGCGCCCACCGAGCCCAAGCCCCCGAGUCCGCUGGACAGAGACCAGUUGCAGGGUCUGAAUGCUAUUCGUGAUUUCCUCAAGGUCCGCACUAGCUACGAUGUCUUGCCUCUCUCGUUCCGCCUCAUCGUCCUCGAUACGGACCUACGCAUCAAGAAGAGUAUCGGCAUCCUGACCCAGAACUCUAUCGUAUCAGCUCCCCUAUGGGACUCCAAGAUCUCCCGUUUCGCCGGUAUCCUUACGAGCACCGAUUUUAUCAAUCUGAUUCAAUACUACUGCCAGUUUCCCGACGAGAUUAGCAAGCUCGAUCAGUUCCGCUUGAGCAGUCUGCGAGACAUUGAAAAGGCCAUCGGCGCAAUCCCUAUCGAGACCGUAUCGGUCCAUCCCUCGAAGCCACUGUUCGAAGCAUGCCGUCGCAUGCUCAAGACGCGCGCCCGGCGUAUUCCCCUCAUAGACGUCGACAGCGAGACGGGUAAGGAGAUGGUUGUCUCGGUCAUUACGCAGUACCGUAUCCUCAAGUUCAUUGCCGUCAACAACGAGCACAAUACGGUCUUGCUGAAGAAGACGGUUCGCGAUAUCGGUCUGGGCACCUAUGGAGGAAGCAUUGUCACUGCCCGCAUGAGCAGCUCUGUGCUCCAAGUUGUCCACCUUAUGGUUGACCGCAACAUCAGCUGCGUCCCCAUUGUUGAUGCGGAAAACCGGGUGCUCAACGUAUUCGAGGCGGUUGAUGUUAUCCCUUGUGUCAAGGGCAGCAACUAUGACGACCUGGACGGCUCAGUGGGCGAGGCGCUAUGCAAGAGGUCGGACGACAGCCCUGGCAUCUACACGUGCAACGAGCAGGACCGGCUAGACUCGAUCUUUGACACGAUCCGCAAGAGCAGAGUGCACCGUCUGAUCGUGGUGGACGACGACAACAAGCUCAAGGGUAUCAUCUCUCUGUCGGACAUUCUCAAGUAUGUGUUGCUGUACGGGGUGGAGGAC